AUCUCUUCAUCUUCCGUUUAGGGAGAUAUUGUUUAUGCGUCCUUUUCGGACACUGUAUUUAUGCUUGUGUCCUUUCCGACACAAUAUUUUGUUCGCGUCCUCUUCGGACAUUGGGGUUUGAUUCGUUCCCUUUUCGGGAUCUUCUACCGAAAAUGGUCUGGAAUAGAAGAGCUGUAUGAUGCAUCAACCUCCAUCGCUGAAAGUGCUUUGCAUAUGCUCGUUUCAUACAUCUCAGACUCAGCCGUAUGGCCUGCAAGCCUUGCCAUCUACUCAUCUUUCUUAUAAAUUUUGAGCACAAGGCUGUCAAAACCAUUCUGGAUGACUCCCCCGGUUGCAGCCAGAGGAUCCAGUGACUCUUUGUUGAUUAUGACAAGAGCAGAUCGAUAGCGUCCCACCGGCUCUUUUUCGAUGAUUGGGACUUUCCAAUCGUGAGUGGGCAGAGAAGGAUUACUGAACUGAAUCAGUCGGAGAACCAUCUCUGGUGACGUGUGUAAGGCCGGGACCAGAAUGCGAGCUCUCGGCCUACAGGGGAUUUCCUCCCUUGCCACAACCUCCAGCUUAGCACCUGGCCAGAUCUCACCCAAACCACCCACAGCAAGCUUAUAGAGAUGUAACGAUCUCUGAUCCUCGCAAACGAUGAGUUUGACCCUAUUUUGGUCAUCGCUAAGGGUUUUCCCAAUUGGAAGUGCCGGUGGUAUGCCAUUCAACACCCUUGUUUUUUUGAGUUGAGGCUUUUCUGGUCCUCUCCAACACUUUGCGCGCCCACUUGAGCUUGCUGAGUUCAGAACGACUUCUCUCCCCCGUAGCUUUUUCAGCAUCGAGUUCGAUGAUUCGCUCGGCGACUCUCAUUAGAGGGCCUGGAUCUCGUUUGCUCCCUUCCUUGGCCGAGCUGGAGUUCUUGUUCAGAACUGCAGCUCCACCAAGGGAAGGAGCAACUGGAUUCGAGGAUGACUUAUCGUGGCCAGCGGUUUUAGUAUCACUAACCUCCCGCCACAAUAUUCUUCCCCGUCUCGCUUGUACAUCUGUACAAUUGUACAAACUUAUUAAUAUAUGUAAUUUAUAUAUACAUGGGUUAUAAUAUAAACUUUCUGCAGUCUACUAGUUAUUUUAUAAAAUCAUCAUAGUUUUUUAUCAGUUCUUAUCACGAUAUUCUUCCCCGUCUCGCUUGUAGACCUGUACAAUUGUACAAACUUAUUAAUAUAUGUGCCCAUGAUUAUGAAAGUGGACUAAGUCACUUUUUGCAUUGUUUGAAGAAAACCUUACAUAAUAAUUUUCUUAUAACGAUUUAAUUAUAUUUCUUUUAUGAAAUCACUAGAGGAGCAAUAAAGAAGUUUAUAUACUGCGAUUUCGCUUUCAAAUAAACUUUACCCCUUAAAUAAUAAUUAUUUUUAGGCUAGAUUUGAUGCCAUUUUUGGGAGUGACUUAGUCCACUUUCAUAAUUAAGGGCACAUAUGUAAUUUAUAUAUACAUGGGCUAUAACUAUAAUAUAAACUUUCUACAGUCUACUAGUUAUUUUAUAAAAUCAUCAUAGUUUUUUUUAUCAGUUCUUAUCAAUCAUUACAUUUUUUUUUAAGAUAAGUCAAACUGAAUUUUUCUUUUUUUAAGAGUACACAACGUCAUAACUAUUACAACAAUAAUUGCUUUAGAUUUGUUUUUGUAUUAGUAUUAGUGUUGGAGCUAAAAAUCAUCCUAAAAUCUAUUAUUUUGUAAACUAUCUAAAUUUGAAUUUCAUUUGAACUACUACAAUUUACUUUUAGUUCAAUUUAAAUUUUGCGCCUAAAUUAUACCAUUCGCCAUAAUAAUUUGCUUUUGAAUUCGCUUUAAAAUUGUAUUUGUAAAAUUAACGUAACUUCUCUCACAAAAACUACUAGAAAAUUAUGUGUAUAAAUAGAAGCUUUAAAAUGAAAUAAAAUCUCUUCUUGUAUUAAAACCCUUAGGGGAAAUUAUGGUCUUUCGUUUUUUCGCUCGAUACAAAUUCUCGUUGUUUUCGCUCGCUUUGUGUGGAAUUCAUUCGGCCAUUUCAAAGUCGAACCUAAGUAUCUGCUUAACGAAAAAGAUAGUUAAAAAGUACAAGUAGGUACAAAUUAAUUUCGAAUCUUUUGCUCAAUUCGCCACCGUUAAAAUAAAUAACGCACCAACCAGGAUCAAUCUUUUAGUCAAAAAAGUAUAUAUAGAGAUCCCCGGUUGACGGUCAAUUUUUUAAUUUGAUCGUUCAUUUUUUUGCGCCCAAACGUGUUAGAAAGUGGUAAUCCACGUAAAAAACUAUAUAAAAAACUAUUGAAGUGUAACCAUUAAAAUUCGUCGGUUCACAGUGUUAAAAAACUAUAAAAUUCAAUGAAAACUAUAUAUAUAUAUAAAUGUAUAAUAUACAUAUAAAAGUGCAAGACAUUGAACAUUUUAUCGUCGCGCUUCGGUUUCGUGAGUGCAUGGUGUAGGUCAAAAUCCAAAGGAAAAACGAGAAAAGAGGUCCAGGAAAAGUGCCAACAACAUCCCAGAAGGAAGAAGAAACCCGAAGAAAAUCUACAAAAACUGUGGGGGAUAAGUAUAACAUCUUCAACCAAGAUACGUUUGUCCAAUUUUAUUCCAAUGUGCGUUGCUGCUUGACAAAAAUCUAAAAAUCAAACAAAUAAAAUGUCUAUUCUAAACUAAUUAAAACAAAAAACGCACCUUCGACAUAAAAAGGACAUUAAAAUUGCUACAUUUAAAACUAAAUAUACAUAUAUUUAAACUAUAUAAUAUACAUAUUCUAGCUACAUAUACAUAUAUUAAAUGAACAACAUAUCGCAAAUUUAUUAAAAUAAAUAUUUAAAAUUAAAUCUGCAAAUCAUAAAACAUAAAAUAAUCUUGCAAAUAUAAUUUCGCCCUAAAAACCAUUGCCCGCAUAAUUUUUAAUGCUUUCAUUGGAUUAAAUUUGAUAUAAUCCACAAGAGAAACAUAAAAUCCACAACACAUUCAAAUAGUAGAAAAGCUUUCUCUCACUUUCGAAAUUAAAAUUCCUUUUAACUCGCCGCCACUCCACCCAUCGCACUUAUCGUCGUUUCGCUCCAUUCGCUCUUACUCUCGCGCUUACCUGCUCCUGCUGUUGCUGUUGCUGUACCAGACACAAGCUUUCAUCAACAAUUUCGCUCCAUAGUAUACACACCUUAUUCGAUACAAAUUGAUUUCAGUGCAUCGAUCCUCAUUUCGCCCAUACAUCAUCACCCAUUGGACUUGGUCGUCAUCGUCGUCAUCAACGUCAUCGUCGUCGUCGUCGCGGGAGAUCUUGCUGCAUGAUCAUUGCACUGAAAGAGCUUUUUUGUUCAAUUGAAUUUUAUCGUUGAUUGCAAUAAACAUUUAUUACUUUUUGGUGGAUUCUAAUUUCAACCCAUGAACUAAAAACAUAUUUUGAUAAUAAAUUCCCUACUGGUUAUUACUCAACGAAGAUAUUUUUAACUUAAUUUAUUUUUUGAAGUUAAUUCGCCUUGGGAUUUAAAUUGUUUAUAUAAUACAGUCAAAUAAGGAGAAAAAAGGGGUAAAUCUCGGAAUGAAUGUUAGUAGAAAUUUUUUUUGCUCAAUAUCUUCCUUUUGCCAUUCUAUAACAUAUCUCAAAAGUCUAGAAAAAUCUCAUGUCCGCUUGUCGCGAUUUCAAGGUCAAAUCGCGAAAUGGAGAUUUUCAAAAUUAGCAAAAAUAGGCUAUGGUAUUAUAUACACAUAUGAUACAUGAUUUCAAGGUAUAUUUUAAUGCUGAUUCCAAAAAAUCUAAAAUUAAGACAAUCCGACGUCUCUGGAAAAAGUUAUACCUGUUUUUCAUCUGUCAACUCAUAUUAUUAUAACAGUUGCAAACUUACUGCCUAAAAACCCUUAAAAGUUAUGGUAGACGAACCAAAUUUUGCAUGAAGAUUUUAGAAUCCAUCAUUAUUAAAAAUCAAAACAAUCCCUUACAAAAAAUAUAUACACCUACGAAAUAAUGGUAUUUUUUGAUGGAGGGGCAAAUUUUAGAAUAUGCACUAAAGAAGAUUCUUGUUCAUCUUAGGAAUAAGUGCAAAUAGGCUAAUUUUUUCAUUUUAAUCUUUGUUUGGAUAUUCUUUAAUUACCCUCAAAAAUCUAAAAAAAUCUCAUGUCCGCAAGACCUAAUUUUCUUGGUUUGAAAAGAAGGUGCAGAUUUUAAAAAAUUAAUAAGAAAAGUUUAAAUUUUUAUAUGUAUACCAACAUAAGCGACAUGAUUUAAAGGUAUUUUUUAACACUAAUUCCAACAAAACUCACAAACAAGUCAACCUGACCAUCCCUGAAAAGUAAUGCACCUUAUUCAUGUUGAUCUGACACAAAUAUAUGAAGUGUAUAGUUUUCCAAUUUUUUAAAAUCUGCACCUUAUUUUCAAACCAAGAAAAUUAGGUCUUGCGGACAUGAGAUUUUUUUAGAUUUUUGAGGGUAAUUAAAGAAUAUCCAAACAAAGAUUAAAAUGAAAAAAUUAGCCUAUUUGCACUUAUUCCUAAGAUGAACAAGAAUCUUCUUUAGUGCAUAUUCUAAAAUUUGCCCCUCCAUCAAAAAAUACCAUUAUUUCGUAGGUAUAUAUAUUUUUGUAAUGGAUUGUUUUGAUUUUUAAUAAUGAUGGAUUCAAAAAUCUUUAUGCAAAAUUUAGUUCAUCUACCAUAACUUUUAAGGGUUUUUAGGCAGUAAGUUUGCAACUGUUAUAAUAAUAUGAGUUGACAGAUGAAAAACAGGUAUAACUUUUUCCAGAGACGUCGGAUUGUCUUAAUUUUAGAUUUUUUGGAAUCAGCAUUAAAAUAUACCUUGAAAUCAUGUAUCAUAUGUGUAUAUAAUACCAUAGCCUAUUUUUGCUAAUUUUGAAAAUCUCCAUUUCGCGAUUUGACCUUGAAAUCGCGACAAGCGGACAUGAGAUUCUUCUAGACUUUUGAGAUAUGUUAUAGAAUGGCAAAAGGAAGAUAUUGAGCAAAAAAAAUUUCUACUAACAUUCAUUCCGAGGUUAAACCCUUAUUUGACUGGAUUAAUAAGGAUUUUGUUGAGAAAAAAUAUUCUUGGAACAGGGUUGCCACCUAUAAUUUUUGAAUUAGUUGGAACAAAAUUAACUGAUUUUUAUUUAAAAUUAAAUCACUUCAAUUUCUUUUGUCGUUCUUUGAGGAAAAGUUAAAAAUAAAAUAUUUUUUAAAAUGGCUGAACCAAAUCUAGAGGAAUUGAAACAACAACGAGCUUCAACCAGGGGAAGCAUUACUUGUAUUAAAAAUAUUGUUGAAUCCACUGCAUACGUUUUAACUUCAACUGAGCUUGAGUGUCGCUUAGGGAUUUUAGAGUCCUACUUCAAACAAAUUUUAGUUUAUCAAACAAAAAUAGAAGUUUUAGCUCCCACUGACACUUGUAGAGGUGAAAUAGAAGAUUUAUAUAUCACAGCAAAAACAAAAAUUCUUUCACUUUUGGGAACAAAUAGGCGGAGUUGUGUUGCAGAUAUGACUUUAAGUAUUCCACAUUCAACUAGUCACCUUCCGAAGCAGCGUUUACCCAGGUUCAGUGGAAAAUAUUCCGAUUACAAGAAUUUUAUAAAUUCUUUUAACAAUCUUAUAGAAAACGAUUCAAGUUUAACAAAAAUUGAAAAAUUUAAUUAUUUGUUGUCGUGUCUAACCGAUCAAUCUCUCGGUACAGUAAAGGCCUAUCAAGUAACAGAAGCUAAUUAUCCUAAGGCACUUGCAAGUUUAAAGGAGCGUUAUGAUAAUGACUGUCUCAUAUUUUUAAAAUGCAUUUCGCAACUUAUCGAAUUACCAAAGAUUCCAAAGGCUUCUUCAGUUUCGUUACGGAGUUUGGUAGACAACAUUUCUGCACUAUUCAGUUCCUUGCCUUCGAUAGGUUCAUAUGAAAAUAUCUGCAAUGCAAUUAUAAUUCACAUUGCCAUAUCAAAGGUGGACCAAGAUACACAGUCUAAGUGGGAUGAGCAACUCGACUACAAGAAGCUGCCUGAAUGGAAGGAAUGUGCAAGCGUUCUCAACAAACGAUGUCAGUUCCUGGAGGCUAGAGAUAGCAAACAAAGCCGUUCGGAAUCAACUUUGAAACCAGCCAUCAAAUCAAAACCAACUUUCGCGAACCAUCAUCUUCCUCAAACUUCACUAGCUGUUAGCCAACGAUCUUGCAUCUAUUGCGGGGACAGAACUCAUUCAAUUACAAAUUGUAAAACUUUUCUCGAGCUAUCUGUUAUGGAUCGAUUUUGGAAAUCCAAAAAAUUAGGUCUAUGUUUGAACUGUUUAGGUAAAGGGCAUAAUGUUUCCAGAUGUCCAUCACAUUAUAAAUGCCAAGUUUGCAAACAACCGCAUCAUAGUCUUUUGCAUAGAAACAAAUCUACAGAACCUGUUGCUGAUAGUACCGAUGUACAACAACACACAUCCCAGCCAACUUCGUCAGCUGCAGUGCACUCGGCAAUGGAAAAAGAGCGUAUUCCCGAAGGUCAAGUUAUCGUGGCAACUGCUUUAGUUUUGGUUAAAGAUUCAUCAGGAGGUUUUCAGUUGGGAAGAGUUUUACUUGAUUCAGGGUCUCAGGUCAAUUUUAUAAAUGAGAAAUUCGCAAACUCACUUGGUUUACAAAAAGACAAGAAGAUCGUGGACAUCGUAGGAAUUGGUACAACAGAAACAAAAACAAAACAUCAAACACAAACUACGAUUCGAUCAAGAUAUUCCAAUUUUGAAAUUUCCUUGGAGUUUUUAGUCGCCCCAUCUAUUACGGGAUAUCAGCCUGAAGCAGCACUUAAUGUUAGUGGUUGGAAUAUUCCGAUUAGUUCUGAACUAGCAGAUGAGAGUUUCAACCGACCUGGUCAAAUAGAUUUGUUGUUAGGGGCAUAAGCAUUUUUCGAGUUGCUCGAAUCAGGUCAAGUUAAAUUGGGCGAGGGGCUGCCAUUUUUUUUUUUUUAUAAUCUGCGCGCACUAAAGGGGUUUUGGGUACCCUUAAUAUGUAUCAACACAGUGCGAGCGUUAGGAAAAGAGGGAGGGCUUUAUAAGGAGAAACCGAUGCACAUUAGUUUUAAAGUUCUGGACAUUAAAAUGGGAGGGAAAAACUGAGCCGGGUAAUGCAUUCCACAUUCUCGUAGUGCGACUAAAGAAAGAAUCUCUGUAUUUGACGGUACGUCCGAAGUUGGGCUCAAGUGUAAACUGAUGGGCAUUCCUUGAAGUACGAGUAUUACGGUUGAAUUGUUUAAGGGGAGGAAUGCAGCUAGCUAUUUCAUUAGAACAUUUUUUGAAAAAGUACCUAUAAAAUAAGGACAGGCAUGAUACAUUCCGGCGGUGCUCAAGAGGUGGGAUUGUAUCAGUAAUGGACCUAUCACCUAUCAUUUUAAAAGCUCUAUUUUGAAUUCUAUCCAAACAACUCAAGUGGGUCUUAGGAGCACCUGCCCAGAUAUGGGAAUUAUACUCGAGCUUUGGACGAAUAUAUGCUUUAUAGAUUAUAGCCAGAUCAGAAGGGGUGAAAUAUUUCUUACAUCUUCGGAGGAAACCUAAGCAUUUCGCAGAGUUUUUGGCUACAUCGAAUAUGUGCUCAUUCCACAAAAGGUGGUUUGUAAUGGACAUACCCCAUGUUUGCAAAAAACGGCUCUAGGAUGGAUUGUAUCGGGAAGAUACAAAACAAAAUUCAACAAUAACAGAAAGUCAUGCUUCGUCAAUUCAAAAGAUAGUUUGCUUCACAAAUAUGUUGAAAAAUUCUUUGAACUAGAAGAGAUUCUGUAUCUUAAAUGCAAAUGGUCAGAGGAGCAAACUGAAUUUGAAAAUCAUUUCAUAAAAACAGUAGAGGUUCUUCCAAGUGGUCGUCUUAUGGUCCAAUUGCCUUUGAAGAAAGAUCCUUCUUGUCUUGGAGCUUCUUAUGACAUAGCAUUUCUAAGGUUUUUAUCUCUGGAGCGCAGAUUAUCUAAAAAUAUUGCUUUGAGAACACAAUAUGUAGAUUUCAUGAAAGAAUAUGAAGCUUUAGGUCAUAUGUCGCUGGUAACUAAUCCAAAUCUUGAGCAAACUCAUUAUUAUUUGCCACAUCAAUGUGUAGUACGUCCCGAUAGCGUUUCUACAAAAUUACGCGUAGUCUUCGACGCGUCUUGUCGCACUUCUUCGCAAAUUUCCUUAAACGGAAUCCUUAUGGUUGGCCCUACAAUACAGGACGAACUUCUCAUAACAUUGCUUCGCUUUCGACUAUAUAGAUAUGCCUUGACUGCAGACAUCGUCAAAAUGUAUCGACAAGUCUUGAUACAUCCAUCGCAAAGAAGUUUGCAGUAUAUUUUGUGGAGAGAGAAUUCACAAACUCCAGUUAAAACUUAUCAAUUAAACACCAUCACAUAUGGUAUUUCAUCGGCUCCGUUCCUGGCAAUUCGUUGUCUUCAAUACUUGGCAGAUACAAAUCAAGACCGCUUCAGUUUAGGUGCUUCAUGUCUUAGCAACGACUUUUAUGUGGACGACAUGCUAACUCGGGCAGACGAUUUAGAAACGUUAACUCGCAAAAGGGACGAAGUAGUUUCCAUCCUGAAUUCUGCUGGGUUAGAGCUGUCGAAAUGGAAUAGCAAUCAUUUUUCUUUGAUUCAAGAAGCUACAAGAAAAGAAAUUAAGCUUACCGAAUAAAAUUUAGCAAGUACUUUGGGUAUAGCUUGGAAUCCUAGUACGGACCAAUUUAGUUUUUCGUAUAAACCCAACCAAACCUAUACAAAGUAUACCAAGAGAUCAAUUCUCUCACUGUCAUCUUCACUCUUUGAUCCAAUGGGUUUGCUAAGUCCCAUCAUAAUCCGAGCAAAAAUAGUUCUCCAGCAGCUUUGGAUAGAAAAGCUGGAUUGGGAUGAAUCCAUUCCAGAAGCAAUUGAAGCAGAGUGGCGUCAAUUCAUCACUGAUCUUUACUCACUCCAAAAUUUGGAUAUUCCUCGAUAUGUUUUUCUUGAAAACAAAAUAAGUUGUGAAGUCCAUGGUUUUGCAGACGUGUCAAUGAAGGCUUAUGGAUGCUGUAUAUAUUUGCGAAGUUAAGAUUCCUUUGGGUCAGUUAAUGUGAAGCUGUUAGUCGCAAAGUUUCGAGUUGCACCCGCAAAAAAGAGACAACUUCCUAGACUAGAACUUUGCACAGCACACCUUCUAGCCAAACUCUGGGUCAAAAUUCAAAAAAUUAUAGAUUCAAACUACUCGAAGGCGUAUUUAUGGACUGAUUCGACAAUUAUGUUGCAUUGGAUUUCUACUCAUUCGUCGAAACUGAAUACGUUUGUUGGAAAUCGAGUUGCAGAAAUCCAGGAUACGACAAAAGAGAUGGUUUGGAGACACGUAUCAACACACGAAAAUCCGGCAGAUGUGGUUUCGCGAGGAUGCACGGUAGAUGAGAUUAAAAAUUCCCUUUGGUUUGAAGGUCCAUCAUUUCUUUUGAACGAAGAAGAAGAAUGGCCAUCCACAGCAGAAAUCCAUCUUUCUCCAGAAGAAACUUCAUUAGAAAAAAGACAAACGGUUCUAAGUUGCCAACAGCUCGAACCAAACUACUAUCUCGAUCUUAUAGAAAGAAUGAGCUCGUAUACAAAAUUGAUACGAAUCUUCGCAUAUGUCAAAAGGUAUCUCAACCUACGAGUAUGGAUGAUACCAUUUCCAAAUGAGUAUCUAACAGCUUACGAGCUAGAAAAUUCGCUAAAAAUCAUCGUUUAUAUAAUUCAAAAGAAGUACUUUUCGGAAGAAAUCGAAGCAAUUAUUAAAAACAAAUCACUUAAAGGUUCUAUAAAGGCUCUAAGUCCGUUUAUCGAGGUUGAUGAUUUCAGUGGGAUUCGUUUGUUAAGAGUCGGAGGACGAUUGAAGCAUGCAAACAUCCCAGAGGAAAGCAAGUAUCCACUUUUACUGCCAAAAGAUUGCAGUUUCACCAAAACUCUCGUCAGACAUCUUCACCUUUCAAAGGCUCUUGUAGCGCUGACGAGACAAACAUUUUGGAUUGUCAAUGUUCGUGAGGUAGCAAGAUGGGUAGUUCGAAAAUGCACACACUGUGCCAGAUACAGGCCAAAUUAGUUCGAGCAGGUAAUGGUAGAUUUGCCUGCUGCUAGAUUGACCCAAUCUCGCCCAUUUUUAUGUUGCGGAGUGGACUUUUGUGGUCCAAUAUACCCUUAUUACAAAAUUCGUGGCAAGGUGCCAUACAAAACAUAUGUGGCUGUCUUUGUUUGUUUUUCGUCGAAAGCAGUCCAUUUAGAAGCUGUGUCUGAUCUUUCAGCUGAUGCCUUUAUAGCAGCCUUAAAAAGGAUGAUAAGUCGUAGAGGUCUCCAAAAACCAUCCAUUGUGAUAAUGCGACAAAUUUUGUUGGCGCACAGUCAAAACUUAAAGAACUGCGUGAUAUGUUGUUCAAACGUUCUAACCAAGAAACUAUAGUUAAUUUUUGUACUAAUGCUUCCAUAAAUUUUCAUUUUAUACCCCCCAGGGCACCUAAUUUCGGUGGAAUUUGGGAAGCACCCGUAAAAGUAGCAAAAGGCCAUUUUUAUCGCAGUCUUGGCGGUGCAAAACUGAACUUUGAAGACCUGACAACGGCACUGGUAGAGAUCGAGGCCAUAAUGAACUCCAGGUCAAUUACUCCAAUGUCUCCUGAUCCCAACGACCUAGAAGCCUUAACGCCAGCCCAUUUUCUCAUCGGGUCAUCCCUAAGAGCUAUUCCGGAAAUAGGCCUAGAAGUUUCCGACAUAAGUUAUCUGGAACGAUGGCGUCGAAUCAAUGCCGUAAAAACCCACUUCUGGAAGCGGUGGUCAUCAGAAUACGUUCUAGAACUCCAGAAUCGUGCCAAAUGGACUACUUCAAGUCCAAACAUCGAAGUUGGUAGAGUCUCGUCAUCAUCCAUGAAGACAAUUUGCCACCCCAAAAGUGGCUCUUGGGAAAAGUCGUCAACAUUAUCGAGGGUCCUGAUGGUCGUAUACGAGUCGCUGAUAUCAAAACGUCACGAGGAGAAUUUCGAAGGCCAAUUCGAAAACUAGCAGCGAUACCGUCUGUUAGGAGUCAGGUUGCCUUAGGGCUUACUUCGGUACAAGAGAAGUUGCGGGUGGCACGCUUGUGGUUGCACAGCUAAGCUCGUGGAAAAUGGGUGUGGUUCUUGCCACUCCUCAAAGUACCUCCUGCUCUACUAUUAAAAAAAAAGAUCGUGCCGAUAGUAAAAAGGGAAGGAAAGUGGAAAAGGAAAAAAAAAGGAAAGAGGAUGUGAAUUAUAAAAAGGAAAGAUAAAAAUUACUAAAAAAACUAUUGCUGAAAAAAAAGUGAAGAACAAAUCCAGGAACGUGAACAUCAUCUAAGGAAACAUAACUGCUCCGCUGAAGUUCCGAGCGCUCGCCUGGUGUUAUCGACGAAUUUUGGCCUGCCCUCCCUUGUAUCUUAGAGAUACAUCCAAACGCUAUCUUCUUGGCCGAUGUUUUGAAGAAUAGCCCCGAAAGAUUAUUUUCCAGCUGAAAUCUAAGUCUGUCGAAGAGUUCAGGUCAGUCAUGUCCUCUAAAGAAAAUCCAUAUUACCAGUGGAAGGCUUUGUCAAGCCUCCACACACCUUUAGCUAAGUAUUUAGCACUCCAUUAAUAACACUUUUGUUACACUUCAAAUUAUAGUUUUAUUAAAAAUCUUCAUUAAAAAUCAAAUUAAAAUUUAAAUUGAG